CGCACAGGUGGGCGGGCCCUGGCGGCGCGGCCUGACGGCGGCGGGAGUCUGUAGUCGCUUCCUCGGGGGUGGCCCACGCGGCUCAUACGCUCUGCCGGGCAACAUGGCGGACGCGGAAGAAGUACUUAUUUUACCGAAGAAGCAUAAGAAGAAAAAGGAGCGGAAAUCAUUACCAGAAGAAGAUGUGGCUGAAAUACAGCAUGCUGAAGAGUUUCUUAUCAAACCUGAAUCCAAAGUGGCUCAGUUGGACACAUCUCAGUGGCCCCUGUUGCUAAAGAAUUUUGACAAGCUAAAUGUAAGGACGACACAUUACACUCCUCUUCCUUGUGGUUCGAAUCCCCUGAAGAGGGAGAUCGGGGACUAUAUCAGGACAGGCUUCAUCAACCUUGACAAGCCCUCCAACCCCUCCUCACAUGAGGUGGUAGCCUGGAUUCGACGGAUCCUGCGGGUGGAGAAGACGGGCCACAGCGGGACCCUGGAUCCCAAGGUGACCGGCUGUUUAAUAGUGUGCAUUGAACGAGCCACCCGCUUGGUGAAGUCCCAGCAGAGCGCAGGCAAAGAGUACGUGGGGAUUGUCCGGCUGCACAAUGCUAUCGAAGGGGGGACUCAGCUCUCUAGGGCCCUGGAAACCCUGACGGGUGCCCUGUUCCAGCGCCCCCCACUCAUUGCUGCAGUGAAGAGGCAGCUGCGGGUGCGGACGGUCUACGAGAGCAAGAUGAUCGAGUUCGACCCCGAGAGGAGACUAGGCAUCUUCUGGGUGAGUUGUGAGGCCGGCACUUACAUCCGGACGCUGUGCGUACACCUUGGUUUGCUGCUGGGCGUUGGCGGGCAGAUGCAGGAACUUCGGCGAGUUCGGUCUGGAGUCAUGAGUGAAAAGGACCACAUGGUGACGAUGCAUGAUGUGCUUGACGCCCAGUGGCUGUACGACAACCACAAGGAUGAGAGUUACCUGCGGCGAGUUGUCUACCCUUUGGAAAAGCUAUUGACAUCUCAUAAGCGGCUGGUCAUGAAAGACAGUGCGGUCAAUGCCAUCUGCUACGGGGCGAAGAUCAUGCUGCCGGGCGUCCUCCGGUACGAGGACGGCAUCGAGGUCAACCAGGAGAUCGUGGUCAUCACCACCAAAGGGGAGGCCAUCUGCAUGGCUGUCGCGUUAAUGACCACGGCGGUGAUCUCCACCUGCGACCACGGCGUGGUCGCCAAGAUCAAGAGGGUGAUCAUGGAGAGGGACACGUACCCUCGGAAGUGGGGCUUAGGCCCCAAAGCGAGUCAGAAGAGGCUGAUGAUCAAGCAGGGCCUUUUGGACAAGCACGGCAAGCCCACCGACAGCACGCCCGCCGCCUGGACGCAGGACUACGUGGACUACAGUGAUCCUGCGAAGAAGGAGGCGGCGGCCAAAGCCACGAAAGCCCCACCGGCAGGGGCUGAAGCAGCAAAAGCCCCACAGCUGGUGGCUGAAGCAGCAAAAACCCCAAAGCGGAAGCGGGAGAGCGAAAGCGAUGAAACGUCCCCAGCGGCUGCUCAGCUGCCGAAGAAGGAGAAGAAGAAGAAGAAGGACAAGAAGCCCAAGGCCGCUCCCGAGGGCGCGGCCGAGCCGGGAGAUGGGGACAGUGACACCACGAAAAAGAAAAAGAAAAAGAAGAAAAUAAAAGUGGAAGUGGUUUCUGAGUAGUGGAUGGAGACAUUAAAGCCUUAUUGAGAAAACUUCGUUCCGUUUGUUCUCGAGGGAAUGGAACUUAAGGCCCAGAAAGGGCGGAGAGUUCCCGCGCGGCUCAGCUGGUGACGGGCCUGGGGCAGCCUUCCCACACCUCGUCCUGUUCUAAGGAUCCGCUGAAGCGGGCAGACCUAGCCUCGUCCCUUCUCUGCCUGAGAGAGUUGGGGGGCCUCCUCCUCAGGCCCCGCGCCGCCCAGGAACCCUUGUAGCGUCACGGGCCUCUCCUGCUUUGCUCCCCCGCCCCUUCCCUUGUCUAGAAAGUUCGGAAGCAUUCAGUCAGCUCCACGAAAUGCUGUAGAGCUGGGUUGUGGAUUGAGGGGACAAACCGUCUUUCCAGUGUCCUUUGAGGACAGCGGUCUAUGCUAGUGUCGGAGCCACCUCUGUCACCCCGUUUCCUUCCGGAUAGAAGCCUGGCCAAGCGCCUUGGUGUUGCAUCUUGUCAGCUCUUUCCAGCCCCUCUGGCCCUUGUUCAGAGCUUGUACCCACUUCAUGCACCUAAACCCAUCUGGCUGCUUGUGUUCGUGAGAGAAGCCAACAAAGCAUUCCUCUAUUUUUCACUUUAACCUUCAUUUACUUUCAUUGCUGGGAGAAGGUUGUAAUUUUUACUUAUUAAAGUUUACUUACGAAGUUU